AUGAUUGAUAAUUCGAAUGAGGUUGCAAAAUUGCGGAGACGUUUGGAGGAGCAGGAGACUAGAAUACAGGAACUGGAAGAUGCAUUGGAACAAAAAGAGUUGACAACACCAUCUCAGCCUACGUCACAAUAUGAUUUGGAAGUGCAAGCUUCUUAUAACAGACUCAAAGGGCGAGGGAAGUAUUUGCAAUUCUAUCUCCCUCUUUUUAUAUCAAGUUUCUUUAUUCUUCUAACAAUAAUUCACUUAUUUCAUCUUUUCUGGGGCAUGUUUCAAACGAUACCUUUUUUCAAAAAUGGUACCAGUGCGAUAGUAAAGUCUGAGCAUGUUAGAAAUUUGUCAGCAAUUGCCAGGAGUUCUUCUGUUAUAUCUGUAAGUCAAUCAACUGAUUUUACUUUUCCUGUGAAAAGAGAGUCUUGGGGAGAGGCUUCUGUCGAUGGGGCUAUUGCGGUGUUUGGUACCGUGGCAGCUGGAGCUUCAAGUUUAUAUAUUGCAGCAUGUCAGCCUACGUUCUUGGCUUUGCUGGGCAUUACAGUUCCAGCUGGGGCUGGUUUGUUGAUCGGAACCUGUCUGUGGACUGGUGCUUUACUAGGUACAUUUAUCUUUGCAGGUACUGUACUUUCUUCAAAAGGUAAAAGUGGUGAUUGGAUAUAUGAUAGUGAUAGCAGUGUGGCAUCUGACAAAGGCCUGAAAAAACGUUCUGACAAUUCUUUACCUGGUUAUGCUCAUAUAAUGGCGAAUGCAUUUAUAUAUGUAGAUGGUAGAAAACAUCACAAUGUAGUAAGUACCAUAGACAAACAUGAUCUUACCAUUCACGAUAUGUUGGUAUCUGCUAAUGCUCUUUACUCAAAUGCAACCGGUGAAAUGGUUCAUGCUGGCUACCAUUUUGUGCAUUCUCAAGAAUUUCACAAUGUUUCAACAGUUACUGAUAUUGAUGGACUUGACGAUGCAAUUGAAACUCUUGCAAGAUGUGGGAAUUCGACGUAUUGCCCUUCUCUUCAAAUCAACAGCACUAAUUCAACAUUUGAGAAGCGUUCAACAGAUCCAUUUUGGAUGUCUUACAAUGACUGGGGGUGCAAUUUAGGUUACCUAGAAGAUUGGGUGGAAUGGUCAGAGUAUACAAAGGCAGCUCAAGAGUAUGCAUACUCAAAUCCGUUUGGCUUAGUAACACAGGUGCAAAAUUGCAAUUCAGCUCAAUGUUAUGCUAGUGCAUCUAAGUUCUGCCUCUCUGGUGGCAUGAGUAACACAAAAGGGCAAGAUUCUGCUUGGGUCGGCGAAGUUUAUGUGAAGGCAUAUGGUGGUGUCGAUGGUGAAUGUUAUAAUGGCUAA